CGGGUUGCAAGACGAAGGUCCGUCCCGGCCGUCCGCGUCUCUCGCAGGAAGCGCCGCGCAACCGUCAUUUGUUCUCCGAAACGAAAACACCGGCUCGCGGGACAGGAUUUGCCCCAGAAACAGAGCGCGAGCUGAGGGGGGAGGGCAACUUUGGCCACUGCACCGCCGUGACGGUGCUCCGGGCUGGCCGGACUGACAACACUGCGGAGCAGUCAGUUAACUCGGUUUUAAGUUUAAACCAUGGCUGGACCUGUCAGUCUGGACUUGGAUCCCAUCUUCCUAAAGGGAUUGAGUUACCUGCACUCCAAGAGUAAAGACUCAGCUGAGAAACUCAAAGCUUUGCUAGAUGAGUCCCUUGCAAGAGGAAGUGACUCAUCUUACCGUUCAUCACAGAAAGAUAUAGAGGUGUCCAAGGGGUCCGUGUCAAAACUGAGCUUGAGUAAACAGGACUCCAAAUCCUCUUCAGGUUCCUCAUCCUCCAGCAGCAGCAGUGGCAGUAGCAAAUCCAGCUCCGAAAAAAGCAAGAAAGAGGGAGAGAAGAGACCCUCUGAGAAGGUUAGGGUGGACUUGGGUGAGGUGGACCCUCCGAAAAAGCCUCGUUUAGAGAAACAGGAAAAUCGUUCUUCUCCAAUUACCGUUCAGACGAGCAAAGACCUCCUGCCAAACAUAAACGACUAUGAUGAGACCAACGCUGAUGACUUUGCCAUGGAAAUGGGCCUGGCUUGUGUGGUUUGCAGACAAAUGACGGUUACAAUGGGAAACCAGUUGGUGGAGUGCCAAGAGUGCCAUAAUCUGUACCACCAGGACUGUCACAAGCCCCAGGUGACGGACAAAGAAGUUAAUGACCCACGGCUUGUUUGGUAUUGUGCCCGCUGCACCAGGCAAAUGAAACGUAUGGCCCAGAAACCUCCACAGAAGCCGUCCCCUGCGUCUGCAUCAUCAGCCCCUGUUGUAAAAGACACACUGGUGAAAAAGACAGAGUUUAAAUCCAAACCUGACACAGCCAGCACCUUCCAAGCCUUCAAAAGAACAGAAGUGAAGGCAAACACAACAUCCGCCAAUCCCACCAGUAGCAGCUCCUCCUCCUCCGGCAGUGGUCUUACAGGCUGGGCUGCAUUUGGCGCCAAGACAAGCCCUUCUCUUCCUCCCAGCUCCAAACUGGGAUCCUCAGGCCCAAGUGGAAGCAGCAAGACCUUGACAGCUCCCUCUGGCCAGAAACCUGUCGGGCUGUCUGGGCUAGCUGGAGCCAAGUCAGGAGUUGGGGGUUCAAAGGUACCCAGUGGGGGCAAUGGAAAUGGCUCCAGCCAAGUGCCUCUGAAACCUCCUCCACCCCUGACCCUGGGUAAGCAGCCACUGAACCGUUCAUCUAGUGCUGAAAACCAAGGGAAAGGCUCUGCUUCGUCAGGGGCCGGCUCCCCGAGCAGCUCCCAGGCGAGUGCAGGAGGGAAUGGAGGCAAUAAUGGAGGAGGUAAUGGGAACAAUGGGAAUGGGUCAAAGGUUCCACCAGGGGACAAAGCACCUACAUCUCAAGAGUCUCAGCUUAACGCCAUGAAACGGUUGCAACUGGUGAAGAAGAAAGCGGCGCAGAAAAAACUGAAGAAAUGAGUAGAGAGAGAGCGAAACGAAGAGGAGGAGGAGAUCUGAGGGAGUAGAAAAUAAACGCUUAAACAGUGUGAAAUUAGUGCCAGAACAUUAUGUUUGUAUUACCAGAGUAUCUGUACAUGGAUUAACACCAUCCAGUCAAAUACUUGAAUCCUACUUUGUGUAAAUGCUGCUGGACUCUGUGUGCCUCGUUCUGUCCUAACAAAUCCAAACAUCGAAAAAGUGACUUUCACUUUUUUCAACAAAUGUCAUUAAAUAUCCUCUUCUUAUAAACUGGC